CCCAGCAGAGCCGAGCGGAGCGGAGCAGUGAGGUGCUGUGGACAGGCAGGCAGAGCCCGGCCGGCCGCCUGCGGCUCCGCGCCGAUAGUGCUGCGUCCCCGGGCUCCGCGUACCCCCGCCUCUGCCCAGGCUCCCGCAAAACUUUUAUUCUCUGGGGCCCUCUGGGUGUCUGAAGGACUCGGAGGGCUCGGCCCGCUCUGCGCUCCCCUGCGGCGGCGACCAAGGGGACGUGCAUCCCUCGCCCGCGGGGCUCUAGCGCCUCGUGCCUCUUCACCUGCCGAUCGCUCCCCGGAGCAGCGAGGGGGCACCCGCGGAGGGGCCGCGCGGGCGCCAGCGCCCCGGAACUCUCCCGCCCACCGCGGCAGACCCGCCCGGCGCAACUUUAACUUGAUUUCUCUCGUCCAGCCCCGGCACCCGCGACUGCUGCUGCCACCGCCGGCGUCUCGGCAGCCGCCGCCUCACAAAGGGGCGUAGGGAGGGGAGGCGGCGCGGGCGGCGGGCUCAGACGUCGGUGUGCUGGGCGCGGGCCUCCGGGCCGCCGAGGCCGGGAGACAAAAGGGAAACUGCCUCUGUUCACCGUGCGGGCUCGGAGCUGCCUGCUCGUCCGUCUCCCGCCCGGCUCUGUGAGCCUCCUCCCCCUAACCCUCGGCUGCUGCUCCGCCUCCCUCCCCGCGGGCUGUCCCCGCAGUGCUCCGGGACCCGGCGAGCUUUCGGGGCGCGCGUCGCUGCUGGCGGUUGGGGCUCUAGCGAUAAUAAAUGAUAGAGGAUACAAUGACUUUGCUGUCUCUACUGGGUCGCAUCAUGCGCUACUUCUUGCUGAGACCUGAGACGCUCUUCCUGCUGUGCAUCAGCUUGGCGCUGUGGAGUUACUUCUUCCACACGGACGAGGUGAAGACCAUCGUCAAGUCCAGCCGGGACGCCGUCAAGAUGGUGAAGGGCAAGGUGGCCGAGAUCAUGCAGAACGACCGACUGGGAGGGCUCGACGUGCUGGAGGCCGAGUUUUCCAAGACCUGGGAGUUCAAGAGCCACAAUGUUGCCGUGUAUUCCAUCCAGGGCCGGAGAGACCACAUGGAGGACCGCUUUGAAGUUCUUACGGACCUAGCCAAUAAGACGCAUCCGUCCAUCUUCGGGAUCUUCGACGGGCACGGGGGCGAGACGGCAGCUGAAUAUGUAAAAUCUCGACUCCCAGAGGCCCUUAAACAGCAUCUUCAAGACUACGAGAAAGACAAAGAAAAUAGUGUAUUGUCUUACCAGACCAUCCUUGAACAGCAGAUUCUAUCAAUUGACCGAGAAAUGCUAGAAAAAUUGACUGUAUCCUAUGAUGAAGCAGGCACAACGUGUUUGAUUGCUCUGUUGUCAGAUAAAGACCUCACCGUGGCCAAUGUGGGUGACUCGCGUGGGGUCCUGUGUGACAAGGACGGGAAUGCCAUUCCUUUGUCUCAUGAUCACAAGCCUUACCAGCUGAAGGAAAGGAAGAGGAUAAAGAGAGCCGGUGGUUUCAUCAGUUUCAAUGGCUCCUGGAGGGUCCAGGGAAUCCUGGCCAUGUCUCGAUCCCUGGGGGAUUAUCCGCUGAAAAAUCUCAACGUGGUCAUCCCAGACCCAGAUAUCCUGACCUUUGACCUGGACAAGCUCCAGCCCGAGUUCAUGAUCUUGGCAUCAGAUGGCCUCUGGGAUGCUUUCAGCAACGAAGAAGCUGUUCGAUUCAUCAAGGACCGCUUGGAUGAACCUCACUUUGGGGCCAAGAGCAUAGUUUUACAGUCAUUUUACAGAGGCUGCCCUGACAACAUAACAGUCAUGGUGGUGAAGUUCAGGAAUAGCAGCAAAACAGAAGAGCAGUGAACCCUUUGGGGUUGCAGCUGCCUUAGACUAAAGGACUUUCAACACACUGGUCUCUUUUAAUGUAGUGAAAGGUGUGGGAGUUAACAGUUAGGAUUAUCCAUCCCAGACACGGGGUUCCCCAUCCCCGGCCGUCUUAGGUCUAUGUGCCGUGAUGAACAGAGGGCGCCCUUGGCCAGUGUAGUUGAGAGGCUGGAAAAUGGUUUCUUCGUGUUUUCCCGACUCUUUCAUCCAAUGUUCAAGAUAUGGAAAUAUAUAGCUGUAGAGUCACAUGUGUGAAGUGAAUGGCAUACGUGCCAUACAUUCUCCUUCUACGAUUGUUUUCAAGAUCCCUUACAGGGCCCUCCAGGCGUCAGACUUUGCGUCCUCUCGUUGGAGCAGUGAGUCAGGGCCGAUGUGGUCACACCCUUUGCUGAGAGGGGCAGAGCUGUCCCGAGAAUGCUUUGCCCUCCUGAGCCCAGGUUUUCGGCCCUGCAGCAGCCCUGCAGAAACAGAUUCGGAAAUGGUUCAUUAUUCCGCGGCUGCUCUUGGAGGCUGAGGGACGUGGGGAGGAUGAGAGCCGCCUGCACGGCAGAAGUAACCUUCUUCCCUCGCUUUCUUUAUUAGUUAAAUAGACUUUGUGUACCACCUGA